UAUCACACAUUACCUUAUAAUUUUCUUGUUUACAUAAAAAAAAUGUUAUCCAAGAUUUUAGUAGCUCUCAUAUUUCUCAUCAACCUAGCCCUAAUCCUUCCCUCCAAUGCCCAAAACACACCACAAGACUACCUCAACGCCCAUAAUGAAGCUCGUAGAGCCGUAGGUGCGGGACUCCAACCGAUGACAUGGGACAACACGGUGGCUGCGUUUGCUCAAAAUUAUGCAAAUCAACGCAUCAACGAUUGCGCACUUAGGCAUUCCGGCGGGCCUUACGGCGAGAACAUUGCGUUGAGCAGCGGAGACUUUUCUGGCUCUGCAGCGGUAAAGCUGUGGGUCGAUGAGAAGGCUUUUUAUAAUUAUAACUCGAACUCUUGUGCAGCGGGCAAGCAAUGCGGUCACUACACUCAGGUGGUUUGGCGUAAGUCGGUUCGAUUAGGGUGUGCUAGGGUUAGGUGCACAAAUGGUGGAACUUUCAUAACCUGUAACUAUGAUCCUCGAGGAAACUUUGUUGGGGAGAAGCCUUAUUAAAAAUGUUUGAUCAUGUGUUUUACAUUUGGAUUUGUAUUGUCUACAUAUGAAUAAGCCAUUAAAAACUUGAGGUUUCUAUAGAAAAAUCCACAAGUUUUAAUGGGAGGAUUAUAGGAAAACUAAGAAGAUCGAAAUAAUGAAAUAAAUUAUACUGUAUUGUGUAUUUUUAAAGAAUUUUGUUCUAUUACCAAUAAAACAUAUGAAGUUGU